UAAAAUAAAGCCAUUUAUAUCAGGGGGAAUGUCAGAACCUGACUUGAACCAGUGCAUCACAGAUUAUGGCUCACACUGCCGCACAGUGGUGACAGAGGGUACUGCGUGAUGACGCGCCCACACUGCGCUACAUACGCAGCCCUCCGUCGCGACGUAAACACGUGCACUUCGCUGCUUCCAGGUUACAGUUUUUUUCAUUCCACCGUCAUCCUCGCGCUCUAGCAUCACUCCCUGACAACAGCAGCGAUGGCGGAGCCCGUAGCAUCGGAUGCGGCGGCCACAACGGACGCAGCAGAAGCGGCAACAUCCCCGACCCCGGGCCUCUCCCCCACAGCCAGCCCGGGCUCGGAGCCUCCAUCCAUGGCUCUGUCUCCCACGGCGGACGGCUCCCAGCGGCUGCUCUUCUCCCACGACCUGGUCUCCGGGCGGUAUCGCGGCUCAGUCCGGUUUGGCCUCGUACGGAUGAUCCACGGCGAGGAGGAUUUUAACUCAGACUCGGACCUCGAUGAUGGCGGAGGGAGAGGCGGUGGCGGUGGAGGAGGAGGAGGUGGCGGAGGAGGAGGAGGACGAGUCCCGUGUGGUUCGGACACCGAGAGCGGUGUGGACACCCCGAGUCGGCCUCUCUGUAGGGGAUUUGUCCGCGUCCAGUGGUACCCUGAAGGAGGAAAGCAGGACAUCAGGGAGACAAAGCUGAAACUUGAAGAUCGAUCCAUCGUCAUUAGAGACAUCGUGCGACGAAACAACUCUAAUGACAACCAGUGUGGUAUUGUGACCAACAUUGACAUCGAGUGUGCAGUGAAGCUGGUGGGAACAAACUGUGUUCUGUAUCCAGUCAACAGCAAAGACCUGCAGCACAUCUGGUCUUUUAUGUACGGUGACUACAUUGCCUACGACUUCUGGCUGGGGAAAGUGUAUGACUUGACUAAUCACAUCAUCCUCAAGCUCUCCAAUGGAGCCAGGUGCUCCAUGAGUGUGGAGGACGGUGCCAAGCUUUACGACGUCUGUCCACAUGUCAGCGAUUCGGGCCUGUUCUUCGAUGAGGCGUAUGGUUUCUACCCAGGCCAGGUUCUGAUUGGUCCAGCCAAAGUCUUCUCUAAUGUACAGUGGCUGUCGGGGGUCAAACCUGUCCUCAGCAGAAAGUGCAAGUUCAGGGUGGUGGUAGAAGAGGUAAAAGUGGUUGAACUGAAGGUGACGUGGAUCACAAAGAGCUACUCUCCCAAAGGUUCGGACAGCGUCUAUCCACCUCCCUCCACCAUCACACAGGAAAAUCUCUGCAGGGUGAGGCGUUUGGGUUACUACGACCACACCCAGAGGCAGCUGGGAGAGAGGGCCCUAUAUGUUUUCCCUGCCAAGGGAGACGCCACACGCAUCACCUGUGAAGGACCUGAGGGUGCCCCUGUCCUGCCUGAAGACCCCGUGGCCAGAAAGUUGAAAAGGAUGUUCAAGAAGGAUUUGGGGAAGAAGACGGAGAAUGCCGAUGCACAAGGGGAGCACAAAUCAGAGCAGACAGAUUCGUCUCAUCCCAACAACAACAACGGCCCUGUUGUGCCCAUCCAGUACCCUCUGGACUCCCACAACACUAACGACACCUCGGCUGAACACGGGGAGCAGGACGCUGACGACGAGGCUGCAGAAGACACCGACGAUACCAGCUCUCUGACAUCAUCAGCCAGCUCCACAGCCUCUUCUCAGAGCGGUGGUCUGGGAACCAACCGCAAGAAGAGCAUCCCGCUCUCCAUCCGUAACCUGAAGAGGAAGCACAAGAAGAAGAGGACCAAGUUCUCCCGCGAGUUCAAGCCCGGAGACCGGGUUGCAGUGGAGGUUGUAUCCACGAAGACGACGGCUGAUGUGAUGUGGAAGGACGGGCGGGUGGAGAAGGGGAUCCGAUCAAACGACCUCAUCCCCAUCCAGCACCUCGACAGUCAUGAGUUCUGUCCCGGGGACUUUGUUGUAGAUAAACGACCCCAAGCCCUCCAGGACCCGGGAGUGUACGGUGUGAUCCAGUCUGGUGAUCACAAGGGCAGAACAUGUGUCGUCAAGUGGAUCAAACUCAACUCCAGCAGCGACGACGUGGAGGUAAUUGGUAAGGAGGAAGAUGUCAGUGUGUAUGACAUCGCAGAUCACCCAGACUUCCACUUCCGCACCACCGACAUCGUCAUCAGAAUAUGGAACUCAGAGAAUGGACACAACGACUGCGAAAAUGAGACGUCAGUCGGCCAGGUGUCCAGGGUGGAUGUGAGCAGCAAAGUGGAGGUUGUGUGGGCGGAUAAUUCCAUGACCAUCGUCCUGCCACAGCACCUCUACAAUGUGGAGUCUGAGAUCGAGGAGACCGACUACGACUCGGUAGAGGAGACGAGCAGCGUCCUGUCCACUGAGGAGUGGGAGGACGAAAGUGACAGCUGGGAGACGGACAACGGCCUCACCACCGAGGACGACAGCCACGUCAACAAUACAGAUGUCAUCGACACAGCGACCCCAACCCCCACCCCCACCAGCUCCUCGACGUUCAUAAUCCCCCCUCAAGAGGGCAGCAAAGCCGGGGUCACCAGACCCACUAAAGGAGCCCCAGGAGAGGAGGGAGAAGCCUCUGUGGCUGCUGCUAGUCCCGCUUCUGGAGGAGGAAUUUGUGAUAAGCUUCUAAAUUUUGCCUGCUUAGGAACCACCCCAGGACCAGUCAACGGAGCGGAGAAGCCAAGCAAAGAUGGCACCUCCCGGGGCUUCAGGGAGUUGAAAGAGGCCCUGAAGAUCCUGGAGAGCCUGAAGAACAUGACUGUGGAGCAGCUCUGGACAGGCGGUUCUCCGACCUCCCCAACCUCCGCUGAACCCGCUUCCACAACGAACGUAGCGAGUUCAGUGACGCCCAUGGCCCCUGAGAAACCGACCAAGGAGAAACGCUUCCUGGAUGACAUCAAGAAGCUGCAGGAGAACCUGAGGAAGACGCUGGACAACGUGGCCAUUGUGGAGGAGGAGAAGAUGGAGGCUGUGGUGGAGGCAGGUGGGAGUGGAGGAGCGGGGACAGAGAUAGAGAGAGUUGGAGAGGAAAAGCCGCAGCAGGAGCCACAGACACCAGUGGGUGGACAAGAAUGGCCCAGUGAGUUUCUCAGUGACACACCAGUACUGUGCCAACAGAGUGGUGGCAAGCCUGGAGUCACCUUCACCAGUGCCAAGGGAGAGGUGUUCUCUGUGCUGGAGUGGGCACCAGACACACACUCGUUUAAUAAAAUGGAGUUUCAGCCAGCGGAGGCAAAGAAGUUCUUCAGCACAGUGAGGAAGGAAAUGGCUCUGCUAGCAACAUCCCUGCCAGACGGCAUCAUGGUCAAAACAUUUGAGGAUCGCAUGGACCUGUUCUCAGCUCUGAUCAAAGGGCCGACUCGAACACCUUACGAAGACGGUCUGUUCCUGUUCGAUAUCCAGCUGCCCAACAUCUACCCAGCUGUGCCGCCUCUGUUUCGCUACCUGUCACAGUGCAGCGGCCGCCUCAACCCCAACCUCUACGACAACGGCAAGGUCUGCGUCAGCCUGCUGGGCACCUGGAUCGGCAAGGGCACUGAGAGAUGGACCAGCAAGUCCAGUCUGCUGCAAGUCCUCAUCUCCAUACAAGGCCUUAUCCUCGUCAACGAGCCUUACUAUAACGAGGCUGGCUUCGACAGUGACCGAGGCCUCCAGGAAGGCUAUGAGAACAGCCGCUGCUAUAACGAGAUGGCCCUCAUCAAGAUGGUCCAGUCCAUGACGCAGCUCCUCCAGAAUCCUGUGGAGGUCUUCAAACAGGAGAUCCAGGAGCACUUUAUUUCUAACGGCUGGCGGCUCGUCCACCGCCUGGAAGCGUGGCUCGAGCUGCACGACGGUGCUGAGCGGGGUCAGGCGGCGCACAGGGCCCAUCAUUCAAAAGACCGACCCUCAUCUGUGGAGCCUCUGGACGAGCAGGGGCCCGUGGUGGUGGCUCACAGCAGCCCCAGUAAGCCUGGGGAGGAGGGGGUCACAGGAGCCGGAGUUAGCAGUAUUAUGGAGGAGGAGCUGGAGGAUUCAGGACUGAGUCCCUCCACUACAGCCGCCUCUCAGCAGGAGCUGAGCCACAACUCAGACUGCGACAGCGCCCAGGGGAUCACCACUCUGGUUGGUGACAACAGGGGAGGCGCCACAGUCGCCUGCUCUGUGGUCCGCGGCGGGACGUCGGAAUCAGGUUCAGCCACGGUUAGCGGAGGAGGGGUGGGCUCCACAGGAAGCCAGCCGGUGGUGCGACCAAAGAAACGGAGGAAGAGCUACCGGAGUUUCCUCCCAGAGGGCAGCGGCUACCCGGACAUCGGCUUUCCACUCUUCCCACUCUCUAAGGGCUUUGUGAAGAGCGUUCGAGGUGUGCUGCUGCAGUACCGAGCUGCGCUGGCCGCCGCUGCCAUCACUGAGCACACAGAGGACAAUGUCUCUUCAGAUGAGUGUGAUGGAUAAAGAGGAGCGGACCUCACAUGCGCUCAACCAUUUGCACAAACCUAUGGGAGCUACCCUGUCACACAGGAACCCUCAUCUGCUCAUGGACACAGGUAAACACGGAGCUUUUACCCAAGCCCGUCAUAGUUUCUCUUUUGGCCUCAGCAGGACUUCAGCGGAGGUGGUGUGGAUGCUUAAAGGACUGAAUGAGAUAAUAAAUCAGUGCCAUGAACCCUCCUCCACCCUCCUCAUCCACCUUAGCCUCCAGCAGCAUCCACCGUACGGGUGGGGGUUUGCUGGAUAAACCACUCUGCCAUCUCAAUCAGCAGAAAAAAAAUGUAAAGCAGACUCGUGAUCGUCGCUGCAUUUUGGACGAGGUCAAAGAUGGCUGAAAAACUGCAAAGCCCAGCUCUCCUGGCUGUCGGGUCGACUGCGGCUAUCUGUAGCACUACUGAUAUUAUCGCUGUACCAUCCUGCACUACAACAAACGAAUGGACAAUCUGGUCUGGGAGAGGUGAAUACACCGACCAGGAGGAUUCUUUUUAAAUAGAAAUCACUGGUUGUACGCUUUCUGCCAAAUUCUCUAUAUCCACAAACACACACACACACACACACAUACACACACACAUUAAAGUAGAACGUACUGAAUGUCAGUAAAACUGCCAACCACGACAGCUUCAACACUUCUUCCACUACACUUGCUGGUAUUUUUCCUUCGCCAAUCACUCGCACCGAACCACGCAGCAAACACCGAGUGACAAAGUUUACAUAGGAAUCACCUCUGGAGGUCAGACUGCUGUAGCUGUUGUGGUGUGUAGAGAGGCCAGCCAGGCACAGGACGACAGUAAGGUGGCUCUAAUGUGAAGGUGUUUGUGUUCUGGUCAAAGCUUCACACAGCUGCCGCCUCUACGUACAAAAGUUCCACUCACUUUCUGUAGAAUUUAGCAAAGUCGUUCGAUCACCAAAACAGACCUUGUGCUUUGGUGUUUUGGUGCGUUUUAAGUCGUUUUACUCACAGAGGCUGAAGUGUUUCAGAGCAGAGGAGCUUUACCCACGAUGCUCCACUUUUCGAUGACGGAGGUGAGCCCACAUCACUGCAAAUGACACAACUUAAAUAAUAAAUAGAAAAAAAAACAUACAGCAUCCAUUCCGUCAUCUCAUGUCAACAUGUUGCCUUACUUGAAUCAUUCUUAAUAAUCUCAGAUCAUUGUGUACAGAGCUGCUUGUGUCAUACUUUAGACAUUAACGUAGACAGGCCUAGACACGCACUAAAACCACUAAAACCCUGUUCCAGUGUUUCCUCCUUAGCAGUGCAGAUCUCUGAUCAGUUUCCCCCUUUUCUCAGUUCUUAAAGGGACAGUUCACCUAAAAGUCACACAUGCAUAUUUUUCUUCUCAUCGGUAGACUCUGCGUUGUUUUUGGGUGAGUCACCAAGACUGAUGUCUCCAACACUCAGCAACUCACCUAAACAAUCUAGACUGAUGAACAGCACUACAGGUGAGAGGAAAAAUAUGUGUUUUGAUUUAGGGGUUCAACUGUCCCUUUAAACGCAGUCUCUCACACUGCUGCCAUCGCUGUAUUCUGAUUUUUUCUUCUCCAAAUUGCACGUGCAGAGUUUAAUAACAUCAGAAUACAAACCACAGAAAGUGUGACACUGACAGUUUACUCAUAUUCUAAUCAUUUUGCUUGACUGUUAUUAUUUUGUUACUCCGUGUUUUCCUCGACUCGAGAGUCUUAUCCCACGUAGGCGACUGCUGACCCCACUGACGAGGGAAGAUUACACAAAUUAAACACGCAGGCAAAACUCUGUGUGAUCUUUUCUUUCACUACACGGCAUAUAUUCGAUGUGGAUGAAAGAAAUCAAGCUUUUAUUUACCAAUGAAAUUUUGCCACAGAUUGCGCUGCAGUUAACUGUAAAAACAAAAACGUACCUUUGGGUUUAUUCGUGCUUCCUCGGGAAAUCAGAAGUCUUUGUUUACAUCUUUUUAAACAACUGCAUCCCACCUUUAACAUAAUGCUCUUUUUUUUCUCAUUGUAAUAAUUAUUCUGAUUAUAAUACAGGGCAGACGAACCCCUUGUGCUUGCUAUAAUCUGUGAAAUAAACAAGAGAGCGCCGGCUGUCUGGUAUUUUACUUGAACAAAGAAGCUUGAUGCUGAAGAGUGUUUCUGAAUGAGAGAGCACAUUGUGCCAUUGUGAAACUAUGAGUGAUGGGAGAGGAUAAAAAAAAAACCAUGAGCCAAGAGUUGCUGCGUUUUAAAGAUUUAAGAAAAUAAAGGUCAUGAAUGAGGGUAUUUUGCUUUGCUUUGUCUUCCAUCUUUUCCCCCCGUGACUCUUAAAGCUGGCAUCCCUGUACAAUCAGGCAUCCAUGACUUAUUGACUUAAACUUGGCCGUCAUUAUUUCGUUGCCUUUGAUGCUACAGAGGAGGAUGUGUUGUUUUCUUCACUGGCUGCUGUAGCAUGUCGCCUUGUUUGCUUUCCUGUCUCCUUUUUCCCCUCCCACUUGCUGCUCUCUGUAAAAUGUCACUUUCACAGCUCUUGGAGAAGUGUGUGUUCAGUAGUCAGAGCUCAGUCUGAAGACAUAAAGAUUAUGGACCAUGGUUACAGAGUUUUGAAAAGAUUAAACGCUCACUAACGCACAGCUUCACCAAGAGCUGAGAGGUGACAUCACCGCUCCAUCUUUCGCCCUCAUCAUCAGUCGCAGAAAUAAAUGUGAAGCUAUCUCGCUAGAUCUCAGAGCAAAAAUCUGGCAGGAUAUCAAGCACAUGAUGUACAAUUUUCUGUGUAUGUGUAUAUUAUUCAAAUUUAAACCAUUAUUAUUAUUAUUACUGCGAGAAGUUUGUUUUACAGCCAAAGCAUGUAACAUGUUGCUUUAAGCCUUUUGAACGGGCUACACACACAAGACUUGACUGUACGAUGUCUACAUUUCCACAGUGGCCUGUUAUUGAUAUAUUAAAAAAAAUAAUAAAGUUAUGAUUUGUAGCCUGAUUCCCUCUGUACAGAUGUCAUGACUAUAUUGAAAUAUAUAAAUACAUACAGUAUAUAUUUAACACAAACCUGAGUUCUAACAAGUCACGUGGAUGCUUGGGGCAUAUAUGUACAAAAUGCUGAGUGUGUAUUGUACUUCUGAUUUCAUUUUUUAAUGGUUUACUUUUGUUGCGUUAAGACGACUGUAUAGUGAUGUAUUAAACUUUGCAAGCAGUACCAUA